CCUGAACAUCUCCUUAGAAGAGCUUGUUUCUUGCAUGGAGGAAAACACAAAAUGAGUGAAAUGUAUCACAAAGAGAUCUGGGAGCGGAAGAUAGCCCUGAUGGACCAGCCUAAGCUUAUCUGAGUCCCUGCCAGAAAUGUCUGACACCACCCCACCAACCAAGAAGAUGGCCUGCCUCUCAUUGACAGAUCAAGAACCAAGGAGGGAGAAGAGAAGGCAGAGGAGACACCACACCCAGAGGAACAGCAGGAUCUCCUAGAAGGACAUCCAAGACCUGGUGACCGCUGCCCAGGCUAUGUGCCCUCCACAAGGCCUCCUAUCCUCUAUUCUCUUGACUGUUUUUGCUAACUUCAUGCUAACUCUGCUACUGCCCAGCCUCUCCCAACACCUACCACUGGAGAUUCUAUGCUAGGGAAACCUACAAUGGACACAGUAAAGUUAUAGGAACCCAGGACUGCCCACAUGAAGGAUGUCAAACCAGGAUUGAGAUUCCCCUACACACAGAAUCUAUCUCCACUGUCCCCAGCCCUUUUCUCUGCUUUACUUACUGAAACACAGGUGAAUGUCUCCAGGAAAUCUCCACAUAUGGAGGUUGCAGAUAUUGGAGCUGCAUGAUGGAAUCCACCAGUCAUGGUGGCACCAUGCCCAACAAUCUUAAAACUCAUUUUUAGCUUUCCAUCAGUGAUCCAUGGAAUGAACGUUGACGAACUGAAGUCAUGGGUAAACUUUACUUCAAUGGCUAUGCCAGAUACCCUGUAGCUGACCUACACAUCUCCCAUAAACUUUUCACUGCCCCCAAAUCAGCCUUUACCCAUGCUAAUAUUACCCAACAGGAAAACCAGUCUCAGGAGAAACUACAAGCUACCCUUUCCUCGCUACAGUUCAUCCAAUAUACAACGGACCUCCUUCCCGUAAUGACCCACCCCAAUUCCUCCCAAUGCUUUCUCUGUGUCUCUCUCUCUCCCAAACAUUAUUAACAGCCAUUACCAUUAACUUUUCAAUUUAUGACUUCCAUGGACCCCUGACCAUGAGGAAAGCACAGGACAUUCCUCUCUUUGACCUACCCCCACCUCUUUGCCUUGUAGGGCUCUCCUCAAAACCCCAUCUUGCAUGUGCCCAUGACAUCACCAUUACCAAAUCAGUAUGUGUUAACACUCCUGCCCUCCUCUGGUGUAAAGGCACUAUAAGUGCCUGUAUCAACCAUGAUUUUCAGGGCUCCAGUGCCCAAGUGAUUGUUAUCCCCCAGGCUUACCUCUAUGAACCUGAAGGACUUGCCUUGCAGAUGGGAGGAAGCCGAAAGAAGAAAGAGAUCUUCAUCCCUCUGCUCAUUGGACUAGGCCUUGCUGUUUCACUUGGUGCUACAGGAACUGCUGGGGAAGCCCUUGUCCAGACACAACACCUGGCCAGAGACUUCAAGGACAAGCUUGACCAGGCAAUGUCCUCUACUAUAGACAGCCUUGAAUCUCUUCAAUGCCAGAUAACCUCUUUAGCAGGAGUUGCUCUCCAAAACCAGAGGGCCCUGGACUUGUUGCCUGCUGAACAGGUUGGGACUUGUGUUUUGCUGGGGGAGGAAUGUUGCUUCUAUGUCAAUGAAUCUGGGCUGGUAGAACAAGAUGUACAAAUGCUCAAAGAGCUCCAGGGGAACCUCCGGACACGCUGUACUCCCAACAACCCCUACCCCUUGGAACUCUAA